CCCUUUUUGAGAUGCUUGUAGACAAACAUUCGAGCUAGCAGGGGCAGACACCACGGCUGUGUAGCCUGUUUUUUGGUUCAUCUACUUCUCUUUCAACGCACAAUCCCAUCUGAAGAUCGCCUUCGAACCCUAAUGAAUCCCCACUCCGCCUCUUUAUAUCUUAAUCUUAAUUUCUCCCCUGUCAUUCGCAUCUCUUCAUUUCCCAGCUUUUUUCUUCAUGUAUCGUCAUCUGCCUCGUUGUCUACCUCCUCUUCUCAUGUGUCACUUCUCUCUACCCAAAGCACUCUUUCCUCUUGCGUAUCCUUUGAUUCGUACCUACCACGGCAUCGAGCAAAGCAGAUGGCUCUCUGCGCAGAGUACUGUACGGAAACUCAGGAUGAAGUGUGGCAAGAGGGUACGGUGAUACGGAUCUUGGAGGAUGCGCAGUGUGAACGAGUCUGCAAGCCUCGAAGGAUUGCUCUCUUCGUCGAGCCCUCCCCCUUCGCGUAUGUUUCUGGUUAUAAAAACCGCUUCCAGAAUUUCAUCAAGCAUCUCCGAGAAAUGGGAGAUGAGGUCAUGGUUGUGACAACUCAUGAAGGAGUCCCUAAGGAGUUCUAUGGUGCAAAAUGUAUUGGUUCUCUUAGCUUUCCCUGUCCAUGGUACACAAACGUACCCCUUUCUCUUGCACUUAGCCCUAGAAUAAUUACAGAAGUGGCAAGAUUCAAGCCGGACAUAAUACAUGCUUCCUCGCCAGGAAUCAUGGUUUUUGGCGCCCUUGCAAUCGCAAAAAUGCUUUGUGUCCCAAUAGUGAUGUCAUAUCAUACGCAUGUACCAAUUUAUAUACCAAGAUACACAUUUAGUUGGUUGGUAAACCCAAUGUGGCUGAUUAUUAAGUUUCUACACAGAGCUGCUGAUCUGACAUUGGUUCCAUCAGCUGCUAUACGUCGUGAUCUUAUAGCUGCUCAUGCCACUGCUGCAAACAAGAUACGUAUUUGGAAUAAGGGUGUCGACUCUGAAAGCUUCCAUCCUCGAUUCCGAAACCAUGAAAUGCGGGUGAGACUAAGUGACGGUGAACCUGAAAAGCCUUUGAUAAUUCAUGUUGGGCGAUUAGGAGUCGAGAAAAACUUAGAUUUCCUCAGAAAGGUGAUGGACCGGCUAACAGGUUCAAGAAUUGCCUUUAUUGGAGAUGGACCCUACAGAAGUGAGCUAGAAAAAAUGUUUGAAGGGAUGCCUGCAUUGUUUACAGGAAUGCUCCAAGGUGAGGAGCUUUCAGAAGCCUAUGCCAGUGGUGAUGUUUUUGUGAUGCCCUCUGAGUCAGAGACCCUUGGUCUUGUUGUUCUCGAGGCAAUGUCUUCUGGAGUUCCUACAGUUGCUGCUCGUGCUGGGGGAAUCAUUGACAUUAUCCCGUGUGAUCAAGAUGGUAAAACCAGCUUCCUCUUCAACCCAGGAGAUGUUGAUGACUGCGUUACCAAGAUUGAGCUCUUAAUAUCUAACAAAGAAUUUUGGGAAGCUAUGUCCAAGGCUGCAAGAGCAGAGAUGGAGAAGUAUGACUGGAGAGAAGCUACCAAGAAUAUUCGUGAUGAGCAGUACAAUGCUGCCAUUUGGUUCUGGCGCAAAGAAAGGACACAGCUCCUCAGGCUUAUCAAGUGGUUGGUCAAGAGAUUCCUCCCCUCUCCUGUCCAUUAUCAAAGGGAAUAGGGAUAUGCCAAAUAUGGCUUCUUCUUCUUUUUUUUUUAAUUUCCCACAUGAUAUUUUUCUUCUAAAAACGUUUAUGAAUCCAAUUUUUUAGGUCACUGUUGGAUGUAUAAAUGAUUUGCUUUCUCUUAUUGAUGAGUGCAUGAUUAUAUAGUUAGGAGCUUUCUCUUGA